UCCACAGGAACGAACCUUACAGUUAAAAUCGAAAGCCAGUUUGCCAGUUUCAGCGAGACAGAGUGAAAGCUAAUUCUAUCAUGACCGCAUGCUUUUCUUCCUUUCUUCUCCGUCCCUCAAUCACAACUACGGAACUGUGUUUUCCAUGGCAUCCUCCAAACCCUAAUCGCAAAAUCUAUCCCAUUAUUCUCAGAAAAGACUCAAACUUUUCGCCUAGAAUCUUCGCCAGAGUUCUCCAACAAGGUACCGGCGUUGUGUCGCCGGACGAAUUUUCUUUGCAGACACCGCCGGUUGAGACCAAGGGAGAUGAGAAAAAAGACGCCCAUCGGGUUUUCGAUGAGUUUGUGGUGGCGGACUCCGAAUCCGAAGAUAAGGCCCUAAGUUCCUCGACUAGGGCUAAGAAGAAGAGAGAGAGCGAGGACGGAUUCAAGAAUAGGUUUAAGCUGCGGAAUGGGAGGGAGGUUUUUGAAGAAAGAGCGUAUCUUGUUGGUGUUGAGCGCAAGGGCGAUACAGAGAACUCGUUUGGUAUAGAAGAAUCGCUUAAAGAAUUGACCCAGUUGGCAGACACUGCUGGACUUAUGGUUGUUGGUUCCACAUAUCAAAAAUUAGCUUCUCCGAACCCAAGGACAUACAUUGGAUCUGGCAAGGUAGCAGAAAUCAAGAGUGCAAUUUAUGCAUUGGGAGUCGAGACUGUAAUAUUUGAUGAUGAACUUUCAGCAGGACAAUUGCGCAAUUUGGAAAAGACUUUUGGUGGAGAUGUGAGAGUUUGUGAUCGAACUGCUCUCAUCCUAGAUAUCUUUAACCAGCGGGCAGCAACACAUGAAGCAGCUUUGCAGGUUGCAUUAGCACAAAUGGAAUACCAGUUACCUCGACUAACAAAAAUGUGGGCUCAUCUUGAACGUCAAGCAGGAGGCAAGGUUAAAGGUAUGGGAGAGAAACAAAUUGAAGUCGACAAGCGUAUCUUACGCACUCAAAUUGGCGUUCUGAAGAAGGAACUGGAAUCUGUUAGAAAGCAUAGAAAGCAGUAUAGGAAUAGGCGUACUUCUGUACCUGUCCCGGUGGUGUCCUUGGUUGGUUACACAAAUGCUGGGAAGAGUACACUUCUAAAUCAGUUGACUGGAGCUGGUGUACUUGCUGAGGAUAAAUUAUUUGCAACCCUUGAUCCAACUACUAGAAGGGUUCAGAUAAAGAACGGGAAAGAGUUUCUUCUCACGGAUACUGUUGGUUUCAUUCAAAAGUUACCGACUACGCUGGUUGCUGCUUUCAGAGCAACGUUAGAGGAGAUAUCAGAAUCGUCAUUAUUGGUGCAUGUGGUGGAUAUCAGUCAUCCCUUGGCCCAGCAACAGAUAGAUGCUGUGAACAAAGUCCUAUCGGAGUUGGAUGUCUCGUCAAUUCCAAGGUUGAUGGUCUGGAACAAGGUUGAUAAGGUUGCCAGCCCCGAAACAGUAAAGUUGGAAGCAAACAAGAGAGAUGAUGUUGCUUGCAUAUCUGCUCUAAAUGGGGAUGGCUUGCUUGAUUUCUGUAAUGCUGUUCAAGAAAAGUUGAAGGAUUCUAUGGUAUGGGUUGAAGCCUUGAUCCCUUUUGAAAAAGGGGAGCUUUUGAGUACUAUACAUCAGGUUGGAAUGGUAGAGAGAACUGAGUAUAUGGAGAAUGGGACGUUAGUCAAGGCACAUGUCCCCCUUCGAUUUGCAAGGCUGCUUACACCUAUGAGACAAGUUUGUAUUACAUAGUUGCGAUUUUCUUCAAAGACCGCAAGUAUAGUGAAAGAUUUACUCAUUGUUCUUUGAUAUACAAGUUCCAUACUUCGAUUUAGCUGGCGAAAGACGUUACUCGUAUUGCACUGUAAAAGGGUCUGCGGUUGGGUGUCAGUGUUUAUUGUUUGUACAUAUGUUCUUGUAAUAUCUCUCUGUUGGGUACUAAACUUAAGUGCCUGAAAAAUAUGAAGACAUUGAAAAUUAGUUAGUUUAUACUAAUCAAUCGCUAGAGUUUAUCCAA